UGUUAGAAUUUUGUAUGAAUUUUCUUACAGGAAAAACUGCUCGCUGAUUGGCUGGCCUUGUACCUGUUAAGUAUCCCUCGUUUAGGUGGUCUAGAUCAGAGUAGUUGUAUCUUGAAUCUCUUAAAUUAUAUUGCAAGUGUGUUGCAUUUCUAGUACCUAAGCACUUCCUGUAGACACCCUAUAUAAACCAUUGUAAUACUAUUGUAUAGCUCUUUCCCGAUCCAGCAGUUGAAGAAUAAAGUUCAAAGGUAAAAGUGAAACUAGUCUUUUAAUCCGCACCAAAAAGACAUUGGCGACGAAGGAAAAUAGCAACGAGGUUGCUGGUAACGCGUGCAGUAGUCGAGUAAGUAAGUAGAGUAACGUCGGCGCGGCGGAACACGCGAUGAAGCUGAUUGGGACGCUGGAAAAUUUCGUACCCAGUGCGGAUUUCGACGACUACCUGGAGAGAGCCGAGAAUUUCUUCGAGCUCAACUGCAUUACGGAUGACGAGUUUAAGCGGAAGCUGAUCGUCCAUUUUAUUGGCUUGCCCGCGCUGAAGAAGCUGCAGCAGUUGCUGUACCCGAAAACCCACAAGCAGUCGACGUACAAGGAGGUUACCGACAAGCUAAAGUCGUACUUCAGUCCCCAGAAGAACCGGAUCGCCCAGUCCGUGGAGUUCUUCAAGCGAAGCCAGCACGAGUACGAGAAGGUCGCGGAUUUCGCGGUCGAGCUGCAAGCCCUGUCGAAACACUGUGUCUUUGAACAGUUCCUCGACGCAGCCCUGCGCGACAAAUUCAUCGCCGGCCUACGGAACGCCAAAAUCCAGGCCGAGCUGAUGAACAGCCCGGAUAACACGAAGUUCGACGAAGCCGUCACGAAAGCCAAGAAUCUGGAGCAGAUUGAGGAGGACCAGCAGAAGAUGAAGGCCAAGCAGCAGUACGCCAACCAAGUCAAUGGCGGAAACUUCAACCGACGAAACCGUUCGCAGUCCCGGAAGCCAGAGCAGCCCGAGAAAGGCCAGCGCAGUAGUUCGCGAGGCAGACCCAGCUCGCGAGGAGGACCACGUGGCCGCAAGGAAUACCGUUGCUACGCUUGCGGAAAGAAGGGCCACAUGGCGCGAUCAUGCUGGAGCAACAAGACGAACGUGGUGAACCGCAGCGACGACGACAGCGUGGUCGACUCUGACGACGAGGUCAACCACGUGGUGAACGUUCCAUUGUUCAAGAGGUUGUGACUAGACGGUAAGUGGCUGGAAUUCGAGAUCGACUCUGGGGCAUCCUAUACUAUUAUCUGUGUGAACGACUACCGAGAAAAUUUUGCGCGCUUGAAGCUGCAGAAGUGUGAAGUGAGGUUAAGGGUUAUUUCGGGCACGAUGUUGAACAUUGCGGGGUCAAUACGAGUGAGAGUGAAGUGCGAUGGCCGAUCGUACACGAUGACCUUGAUCGUGAUCGACGGGAAAAGUACGUUCCAUCCGUUGCUCGGGCGAGACUGGUUAGAUGUGCUGUACCCGGAGUGGAGGCAAUUUUUUGAGAACGAGGUCGCAGAGGUCGAUCAAAGUGAGGUUAAGUUGGACAGUACUCGCACCACGUUGCUUGGAAGAACCAAUCGAGACUUUUGAAGCUAGUGUGGUUCUGAAGGAGGACGCCAGGCCGAUCUUCUACCGGCCGUACGAAGUUCCGUUUGCCCUGAAGGAGAAAGUGUCCAGUGAGCUGGAUAGGUUAGUGCGUGAGUAGAUUUUGUUUCCGGUCAAGCACAGUGAGUGGGCAUCGCCGAUCGUGGUUGUGCCGAAAGCAGACGGUAGUGUACGGAUCUGUAUGGACUGCAAAGUGACCGUGAACAAGGCGAUCUAUACCGAACAUUAUCCUUUGCCUAACAUAAGUGAUGUUUUUGCGAACCUAAGUGGUUACCGGUACUUUGCAAAGAUCGAUCUGCAAGGGGCGUACAUGCAGGUUAGAGUGUCGGAAGAUUCUCAGAAGUAUCUGGUGAUCAACACGCACAAGGGACUUUUUGCCUACCAGAGAUUACCCUUCGGGAUCUCAAACGCGGCCUCCGCGUUCCAGUUUAUCAUGACUGAGGGUAUUUUGAAAGGGGUAGAAGGAGUCCAGUGUUAUCUAGACGACAUUUUGUUGGGAAGGUUCAGUUCGUGUUUCAACAAGUUCAAUUUUCACACGUUUUAUUCUACCUCGACCAUUUGAGCACGUUUUUUUCGGGAGCAACAUCAACGUCGAAAACCUGCUUGGUUUAGUUUGUGGGACCAAUCGGAAGCAGAAUCGCAGAAGUCAUGUUAUGGCCAAAUCGCUGUCACGGGGCUUCAAAAGUGGCCGCAAACGGGUGUCCGUCUGGGCAAACAUCCCAUGCACCGGCGGCCAUUUUGUUAUUUCGAGCUCCGAUGACAAUCUUAAAAUCCCAUCGGAACCGAGGUCGGAAUCCUAUGAUUUGCUGGCAAAUUACAAAAUCCCUUCGCAGAUGUGGCUCUGCGGUACUGGCGACAAUCCGGCCUGGAACUGGGAGUUCCGAUUCCUCAUACUCGGCAUCAAGGAAAAACCUUCUCAACUCGUGCAGAUCGGAUAACUGAACAAAACAGUUGUCUCGGAAGAACAACAGCUGCCUCAAUGUUGGUAUUGCAGGGAACCUGAGUGCAGUGCAAUAAUUUUGUAAUACAAAUAGAAAUAAAUUUCGUGUGAAA